AUGCCAUCAUCUACCCCCGCCGGCGCCUCUGCCACCCCCGAUGCCCUCGAAUCCGACCUCCUGACAAAGCUCUCUGCUACUUCUGCCCUGGAGGAUCUUCAAGAGACCCUCCUCGGCUCCUUGCACCGUGCCGGAUGGACGGAGCGGGUCACCGGUCUCGCUACCGAACUCCUCCGCGCUGGCCGCUGCGAGACGUUCGAGGAGGUGAUGGAGGCAGUCGUCGCCUCCUCGGAGGGUCGAACCCACACGGCGUUGGGCUCGAAGAACGCCCCUGCCACGGAGAAUGGCAGCACGGCAGCCAACGGCACAAAGGCCAAUGGCACCAAGAAGGGGGGCAACGCCACCAAGGAGGCAGAUAUCCUUCAGCCCUACGACCCCCUCAAGUACAUCGAAGAAGUCGAUGUACGUAUCCCAAACACUGUCGUUGACGAGGGGGUACGGGGGCUGAAGGAUAUUCUGCGGGAGAUGGUGGACCUGGAGGAAGAGAACGGGACUUGA